GAGGAGAAGCGAGGAUGAGGUAAUAGGUUGCUUUUAACGUCAGCUGGAAAAUUUUCCUCUUCAGAGCAACUGGCGAGGCCAGGCCAUACAGAACGUGAACAGAGCGCAGCGUGUAGAUUUGUUAAUAUAUAUAUAUAUAUAUAUAUAUAUAUUUGUAUAUAAAUAUAUAUAUAUAUAUAUAUAUACAUACACACACACACACAUAUACUCAUUUUUACACGCACAAUUUUGGAAAGGAAAGAAAAUAUAGAAACAGCGCUUGUACCAGAAUAAGGAAAUUUAAUUAACCAUUUAUUUUAUAUACAUACAUAUAUAAUAUUUUAUAUAUAUAUAUAUAUAUAUCAGUGUAUAUAUAGAUAUAUUUAUUCCUAAAUAGAUCAUCCAUACACACAAAAAGUCGUGUGAUUUAACAGUAUUUAAGAUAGAAAGGUGAAAAAGGCCCAAAGUCCUUAAAAUUUUAUGUUACACAAAGAUCGCCAACUUCAACCACAUUUACUGAACGGUUUUUAAAGCAUAUGUAUAUACAAACAUAUAUAUUUGUGGACAUACGGAUUACAUAUUGUGAACAACUUGGGAAAAUACUAUUUUUUUGAGCGGAAAAAAGAAAGUUUUGAAUGACCAGAAGUUGAGAGAGAGAGAAAAAAAGUGUUUUGUAAAAUUUUUUAUUUCGUUAUUGGAUAAAAAUAUUUAUUAUACAUACAACUACAUAUAUAUAGUUUCACACAUUUAUAUAUAUUUAUAAAUAUCAAUAAAUAUAUAUACUCAUAUUUAAAUAAUUCCAAAACAAAAAAAGAGCAAGAUGCCUGAUUCAGGAGAAAUAGAUGUUCUUACACCAACAUUAAGUUUACCAGAACGAAGAAGGGCCGGAUUGAAACUUGAAUUCGGCUCUUUGAAUGUCGUGAGCAAGAAAUGCAAACUGGAAAGUUUAUCAGCCGAUGUGGGCCUGUCUGAUAUGUCGAACGGUACUUUACGCCGGGCGCGAACUAUAACCACCAACGAACUGGCCGGACGUUUGUCGUCGGGUCGCGCGAAAAGCAUGCUGAUCGUUGACUGCCGGCCCUUCUUGGAGUACAAUAUGUCACACAUACGGGGCGCAAUCAACGUCAACUGCAUCGAUCGGUUAAACCGCAAAAAACUGCAACAGAAGGGUAAAGUGGCUCUGGUCGACUUGGUCACCACGAAAGAAGGCAAAGAGAUGUUUCGGAGACGUUCUGCCAAGGAGAUUAUCUUGUACGACACUUGUACGAGAGAUGAAAGUCACUUAAGCAGGGACAAUGCACUCACAGCCGUCCUCAGUUUACUGUACUGGGAGGGGAAAGAGGCAUUCAUUUUAAAAGGGGGUUUACGGGAAUUCAAGUCAAAACACGAAAAUCUAUGCGACAAUUUACUAUGGAUGUCGUCAGACUGUCGUUUGUUAUCGUCAGAGUGUCGUCUGGUACACAGUCCUUUGACGCCAUUAGUUGAACAUCAAAUCGAAGCAGCCGAGGUUUCACGAAUAUUGCCUUUUCUCUAUUUAGGUAACGAGCGAGAUGCUGGUAAUUUACAAAUUCUGAAAGAGUUAGAUAUAACUUAUAUUUUAAAUGUCACGUCACAUGUUCGACCCCAUUUCGAGAGUCAAGGCAUUCAUUACAAAACGAUACCAGUAACGGACAGCGGUCACCAAAAUCUACGGAAGUACUUUGAUGAUGCCAUUGAAUAUAUAGAUGAGGCCAAACGAAACGGCGCCAAGAUCUUAAUCCAUUGUCAAGCCGGAGUAUCACGGUCGGCAACUGUGACCAUCGCAUAUUUACUGAAACACUCCACCCUCAGUAUGACAGAUGCUUACCGAUAUGUCAAGCAAAAGCGUGCAAUCAUUUCGCCGAAUUUUAACUUCAUGGGACAACUCAUGGAGUUUGAACAAUCCUUAAACAACGGACUCUCGCCUAGAAUCCCUGAGAAAUCGCGGGAAGAGUUUGACGAGAUUGACAGCUGGUUAUAGCGAAGCGUCCAGUUUUUGUAAAUCUUCUGUAUAUCUUUUGAUUGUGUCUAUACGCGCGCGCGCAUGUGUGUGUAUGAGAGAGAGAGAGAGAGCCGAGUGAGAUGAGAGCAGUCGUGGUCGAAAGGAGGCUUCUUUGUAGCAGCAUGUCUUUCGGCUCAUGGCUGCGAAUCGACCAAGCCAGUCAGGGAAAAAUAAAAAAACUGUCUUUGAUGGAGACGCGUGUCCGAGAUAUCUCCCAGGUUCCAUCGACCGCCUGGGAGUUUGUUUGUUUUUUUUACUUUUUUUUUUGGUCACAUCCACAUGCUGUGUCACACCUACUGAGUCUGUAACGUAAAGACGACGUAAAGACGACGUAAAGACAUGCAAAUAUAUGGUGCACGUGUGCGUGCGUGCGUGCGUGUGUGUGUGUGUUUGUGUGAGACUUGGGAAUCGGUCAAAUGAAGCUAGUCUUAUUAAAUCUCUCUCUCUCCGUGUCGAAACAAACGAUGAAUGAGUGAUGGUGAAAAUUCCUCAACAAUAGCCAAUUCACAAAACCAAUCAACUAAUCAAAACACACAAACCACUACCACUGCUGUCAUCACCGUCAAUCAGUUGCCAUUGUAAUAUAAUACAUAUAUAUAAAUAUAUAUAUAUAUAUAUAUGUAUAUAUAUAUAUAUAUGUAUAUGUAUAUCUAGUCUAAACAGUAUUGAUAAAAAUGUAACUAGUCAGAAAUAAUAAUAAUGACCACAGAAAUCCUUCUGAACACAAUAAAAUAUGCUACCAGUGAUACGUUGGGGUCGAUGGUAUUUGUUAAAGCCCCCCUUCAAUCUCAAAACUGCUGGCCUUGUACCAAAAUCAGAAACCAUUAUUAUUAUCAUUAUCAUUAUUAUUGUUAUUAUUGGUUGACCGUCAAACCUCAUCUCUCCUUUUCUCAGAUUGUACGGGUACAUACAUGCGUGUGUGUGUGAUAUCUGUAAUAGUAGUGUUGUUAUUUGCAAUAAUCUUCCCUUUUUUGUGUGGUGUGUGUAUAAUAUAUGUAUGUAUGUAUGUAUGUGUAUAUAUAUACACACACACAUACCAUAUGGAAGAUGUAAGAGAUGCAGGAGAGAGAGCAGGUAAAGACAGGUCUUGUAACAAUGGCAUUGACAGACUGUGUUGAACCAUAUAUAUAUAUGUAUAUGUAUAUAUAUAUGUACAAGCCAAAUAACUGAAAUAACAUUAUAUAUAUGUAAUGUGUUUUCAACUAUGAACAUUCCAGUAUUAUCAAAAUGAGAUUUGAAAGAGAGAGAAUAAAAAUAAAAAUGAGAAUAAAAGACGUUAAAACAUGAAACUGCAGCCAGUAUGAUUAUAUAAAAUUGUGUAUCUAUCUUUAUUUAUCUAUAUGUUUAUUUAUAUAUCUGUAUCUAUCUGUCUAAUUUGUCUGUCCGUUGGUCGUUUGGUCCGUUUGUUGAGAAAUAUAAUAUAAAAAUCUCUAAAAAAAAAAAAAAAAAAAAACUUGAAUAAGUUAUACACAAAUUCACACAUGUUGUUGGGGGAGGGGUUUUUGGUAAGGGUUGGCGGGGAUUGGCCAGAAGAAAAAUGAAAUUAAAGAUACUCAGAGAAUGAAAGACAAAUAUUUAAAUGAAAUUUUGAACAAAACCCACCGACUUUUUUAGUUUGUUGUUUUCAAACAAACAAUAAUUUGAAAAGAAAAAAGAAAUGAAUGAAUAAUGUUAUUAUUAUCAUCCUGAUUAUUAAUAAUAUUAUUAUUAUCAAUAUUAUUAUUAUUAUUAUAAUGGAUGAACAAAUAUUUACUGAAUGAUAAAGAAGAAAGACAAACGCAAAACAAAAUGGCCACCAAUAUCAUCACCAUUGCCUCACAGCGUUUCUUCAAGAAAUAUAUUAUUAUAUUCAUUAAACUUGAAAAGAAAGCUGUGUGGAAUUGGGAGCUCAAAAUGAGAUUCAUUCUUUCUGAACAAUUUUUUUGUACAUUUUUGGGGGAUUUUUUUUUAUUCAAUUAUAAAUAUAUAUUUUUUUUGUGGUUACAAAAACUUUUUACAGUUUUUUUUUUUUAAUGAUGAAAAAUAAAGUGAUUUUUUUUCCAAGUCGUGCCUUUGUGGUACAAACAAAAUGAUGUUUCAAGAAUAAUACAAACAGAACAGUGAUGAUAAAAAUAUCUCUUUAUAUAUAUAUAUAUAAAUAUGUAUGUGUGUUUGUAUGUAUGUGUUUGUUUGUGUGUAUGUGUGUAAUUUAUAUAGAAUGUCUGUGUGUUUAUUACACACAUAUAUAUAUACAUACAUGUAUGCAUACAUAUAUGUAUAUAUAUAUGUGUGUAUGUAUGUAAUAUAAUUUUUGGUAUGAAUUUGUAUUUAUUUUUUAUUUAAUGUGUGUUAGCAGAGGAGACAUGUUAUCCGGAAAGGAAAGAGAAGAAAAAAAAAACCCUCUAAAGUGUGUGUAUGUAUGUAUGUAUAUAUAUGUAUAUAUAUAUACACACACAUACAUAUAUAUGACAACAAAAAUUCAAUCAAGAAUUAUAAAAGAAAAUAAAUUAAAGAUGUAGAAUAAAUGAACACCUUUUAUUUAAAAGAAAAAGAUAGGUAUAUUAAGAACAGAAUUUUAAAAUAAUUAUUCAAAUAUUUUGGAAAAAAAAGCAGUAACAAUACAAAUUGGACCAGAAGCCAAAUGAAUACCAUUAUAUAAUAGAAUUAAAAAUUAAGCCCCAAAAUAACAUUAUAUAUAUAUAUAUAUAUAUAUAUAUAUAUAUAUAUAUUAUAUAAUCUCCAAAGCAUUCAACAAAAUAUUAUAGAAACAUUUUUCAAAAUGGCUACCAAGCAGUUGUCUGCUUCUAGCAUUUUUUUUUUUCUUAAGUAUCUCCAUAUAUUCUCUUCUCUUUCAUGCUAAAUUAAACUUUCUCCUAAUCUCUCUCACACAUAUAUUCAUAAAACAUAUUUAAAAACCAUCUAAAUGAUGGUGUUUCAUUUUUAUUUUUAAAGUUUAAGUUUUUUUUUUGUUUUUUGUUUUUUCUUUUCUCCUGAUUCAUCACACAAAAUUUCUUCGUUUCUUUUACGAUUUUAUUUUUUUUUUUUUCCCCUUUCCGAAUUUCAUUAUUUAUAAAAAUUGUAUUUAUUCGUAUUAUUUAUUUAUUUUUGUAUAUUUCUAUAUAUUAGAUAUUAUAAAUAUUAAAGAAAACAUGAAACAAAUAAACAAAAAAGAUAUUAUAUAUAUAUAUUAUAUAUAUCAUAUGUAAUUAAAUUAUUUCUAUGCGUAAUGAA